AUGAUGGCAGACGACGAGAAGGCAAGAUCGCCUUCCGGGAUGUUGAAACAGGAGAAUGUGCCGGACCGAGGCAUCGAAGAAGAGACGAAAUUAGAACAGGAAGAAAUAUCGGAAAAAGAUAUGUUAGAAACAAGCAACCAAGGGAACGACGACACAAUGUCAAUUUCGUCAUCACGAGCGUCAACGGCUUCAACGCACUCCACCAAUGCCGACCAGCCGAGAACAUCGAAUACGAAACAACGUCCAGUUACUCUGGCAAGAACCACCUCAGUUCUACCCGAUGCCGUCAUUGUCCCACGAUCACAGCGCCGUGGACUCCUUGCGCGCUUCGCGCUCAUCCCAGAGGUUGAGAACCCAGAACACUACGCGCGGCAAACGAAAUGGCUUCUGACAUUCAUUGUCGCCUUUUGUGCCAUGGCAGCACCGAUGGGUAGCGCAAUCGUUAUGCCAGUGUUGCAAGAGAUUAGCGUAGCUUUCAAUGCAACGGAGACGGUUACCAACAUGAGCGUUGCUGUAUACAUGCUUAGCAUGUCCAUCUUCCCGUUGUGGUGGAGCUCCUUCUCUGAACGAUUGGGUAGACGUACGAUAUACAUCACCUCGUUCAUACUCUUCGUAUUGUUCGCUAUUCUCUCUGCGAUCAGCACAAGCAUCGCUAUGCUGAUCGUCUUCCGUGUUCUGUCUGGAGGCGCAGCGGCAUCCGUACAGGCUGUAGGCGCAGGGACUAUCGCUGAUGUUUGGGAGACGAAAGAGCGCGGAAGGGCAAUGGGCAUCUUCUACCUUGGACCACUCUGUGGACCUCUCUUCGCGCCCAUUAUCGGUGGCGCUUUGGGGUCAGGACUAGGCUGGCGAUCAACACAAUGGUUCCUUGUCAUCUACGGUGGGCUGACAUUGAUAUUUAUCAUAUUUGCUCUUCCGGAGACCCUGCAUCGAAAAGAGAAACCCUCCGCGGACCCAACAGCCCUACCCAACAACGAUGCCGGGAAAGAACAAAGUACAACGCUCGGAAGAAGCACCACACGUGCCUCCACUGUCCAGAAGACUAAGAGCAUGUUACUACACCUACGCCACAUCUUCAUCGAUCCACUGCGAAUCAUAGCAUGGCUCCGCUUCCCACCCGUCUUCCUAACCGUCUACUACGCCAGCAUAACAUUCGGCUGCCUCUACAUCCUCAACAUCAGCAUCCAAUCCACCUUCGCCGCCCAACCCUACUCUUUCUCCACCCUCAUAAUCGGCCUCCUCUACAUCCCGAACUCUGUCGGCUACCUCCUCGCCUCACUCUUUGGCGGCAAAUGGAUCGACAGCAUCAUGCACCGCGAAGCCCGGAAGGCAGGCCGCUACGACGACAGGGGCAAGCUCAUCUUCCGCCCUGAAGAUCGGAUGAAGGAGAAUGCGUGGAUCGCUGCUAUUCUCUGGCCUUCGGCUCUCAUCGUUUACGGCUGGACCGCGGAGAAUGGUAUCCACUGGAUCGUACCUAUGAUUAGUAACUUCUUCUUUGGCAUUGGCAGUAUGCUUAUUUUCGCGUUGGUCAAUACCAUGCUCACGGAGUUCAUGCCCAGACGCGCUGCGUCUGGAAUUGCACUGAAUAACUUUGUGCGAAACAUCUUCUCUUUCACCGGCGCGAUAGUUGCGGAGCCGAUAUUGAGUGCAAUAGGAAACGGAUGGUUGAUGACGAUUCUGGGCAUUUGGAGUGUGGUCACGGGGUGUAUGGCGCUUUAUGCGAUGGGCAGAUGGGGCGAGAAGUGGAGGGAAGCCAUGGUUAAGGUUUUGGGGUGA